CCGUAGUAGACAGCAGUCUUUCACAUGGAGGAAUAUUCAGUGACAAAAGCAAGGGAUCACACGACGCGGACUACCAUCUAGAGGUCACUGUAACAAACCACGCAAAACUUACAACAAAGCUGCGGUUUAAAGUGACGAUAGACGCAAGCCCUCCCAGUCCUGGCGUUGUCCACGAUGGUCAGUCUGGGCGCCCGGAAGUGGACUACCAGAACAGUCGGCAGCUCCAAGCCCACUGGGACGGGUUCUUUGACAAAGAGAGUUGGGGUCAAAUUCUACCAAUACAGAUUUGGCUCAAACUGUUUCCAAGCAAAUGAUUUUUCAUUAGAAGCUCGUCCACAGGUCACUGAAACAUCUUCCACAUCCGCCUCCUGGACAGCGCCCUCUGCUGGCAAGUAUCACGUGACAGUGGUGGCCUACAAUCGAGCAUUGGAAGCAUCUGACCCAGUGUGUUCUGACGGAGUGACUAUAGACACAACACCGCCCAGUGUCAGUGAGGUGGCAGUGAGGGACUCCAGGGUGAUGGGGGGCCUGGUCAAGACAUCUGAUAAUGAUGUAUGGUUCAUCGACAUCCACAGAAGACGUAGCCAAGUAGUAACUCCUGGUAGCAGUUGCAGAUCCAAGGCCACGUUAGUAGAUGACGGGAAGCUUUCCCUGUUUCCAGUACAUCGUUACCUCAACGGAAGUGGUAUGCAGCUCUCCAACACUGAAUGUGACUCUCUCAUGGCAUUGCCCGCCACCUUUACCAACACACUUUACGUCUACAAAGAACACCAUUUAUAUGUAAACUGGACUGGCAGUGACACAGACAGCGGCAUCUAUGACUACGAGCUGGGACUGACGUCAGAUCCCUCUGUUGAAACAGCUCCAGAUAUCCUCCCCUACACAUCCACUCACCAUCAUCCUCAGUAUCAGGGCUUCCACCCUCGUCUCAGUGAAGGCCAACGGUUCUACAUCGCCAUCAAGGCCAUCAACAAAGCUGGACUUAAAAGCAUAAAGGUCAUUGGUCCCGUAGUUGUUCAUACAACGUACCCUGGAUUUUCUGGCGUUGUGAGGGUGAGAGUUGGUAGUAGUCACCUCCUGGCACAGUGGUCCGACAACGCUUUCUCCGACCCAGAGACAGCCUAUCUCAAGUAUGAAGUAGCUGUUGGAUCCGAAGACAAUCGAACGACAGUAUUUCCCUUCACGGCGCUGCAGUCAGGAGAAGGAUGUACGCUGACAUCCCCACCCACGUGUACAGCUGUCGCCCUCACAGACCUCCACUGGGACCUCCACCACAGCCACACCUACUUGGUGUCAGUCAGGGUCACCAACAUAGUCGGACUGUCCACAGUGGCUGUUUCUGAGCCCUAUGUCCAUGACGUCGCGCUGCCGUCACGUGGUGUAGUGGAAGACGUCAUUCCAGCUAGUGAAGAAGCCUUGUUUGAUAUGAAAGCAUUUGAGGACACUGACCACCAAGUGUCUACCUCUGUCCUAAGAGCCAGGUGGUACGGGUUCGACACAGGGGUCAGCGCCGUAACCUACAAGGUUGGAAUCGGGUCUCGGCCUUCGCAGACUGACGUCAAGGAACUGGUGUCAGUGGGAAACAAACUGCAACAUGAAUUUAGUGGCUUAAGUCUGGAAGAAAAUAUGAAGUAUUUUGUUACUGUUGUGGCUGCUGCUGAAGGAGGGGAGAUAACUGCAUCCUCUGAUGGUGUGACGAUCGUCAGGUCAAAUGUUGAUGUCACAGACGUCACCAUCAGAGAUGGACCAGGAUGCAGUGAUUCUGGUAUUGAACACUUGGCGGGACAAGAAAACCAACAGGUGUGCACUAACGAUAUUGCAUACCAAGUGUCUCCAUCAACAUAUUCUGCCCACUGGGCGAGAAGUGCUGUCAGUAAACAGAGGUACCCGGAUGUAUACUGGAGUCUGCAGGAAAAGUUUCCCCGAUCAGAUGGUUUGUGGCACGACGUGAGAGAUUACGAGCAUCUUGGGACCUCGGAGAAGAUUGCAGUAGGAGGUGUUGCUCUAGAGCCAGGUCAAACCUACAGGGCCGCUGUCAAGUUCUGUGCUGGUAAAGUCUGUACGAAUCCCAUCCACAGUGAUGGUGUGACGGUCAUACAUCAUCCCCCAGCACCUGGAAGCUUGGCUCUGACAUAUCAGGAAUCUGGGGGGGGACAGGCACAGAUCCAGGUGACGAUGACUCGGUUCCGAGAUCCUGACAUACCGGUGGAAUCAGAAUCCUUUGACGUUAUGGACAAGUACGAGUGGGGACUCACAGAUGACAGUCACAGCAGCAAGUUGUUCCACAACUGGCAGAAGGUCGAUGCCGAAAGUAUUACCACCGACGGCAACAAGAUACGUUUCCAGAUAACUCUUCCACAUCAUCUGACCUUUAUCAAGUGUAGAAGACUGGCAGUCAGGGGUUACAACCAUGUUGGCUUAUAUUCUACAGUAUCAGCAGAUGUCAAGGACUGUAGAGCAUUUGAUCCACUGAAUAUUGUACCUGCAGUUGUUAUAGAUGCUAUAGGCAAAGCCAAAUCAUCUGAUGAGGGUUACAGCAUCAGCUUAGUUCAGAACAACCGCUGGGUCCACGACGACGUCGACUACACCCCCUACAAGAAUAUCCUGUCCGCUGUGUGGCCCACUCUGCGUCACAGGAACUACACGUGGGCAGUGGUGUCGGGUGACCAGGUUGACCCAUCGUCUCAUUACAAGAAGGACAGUCUGAUGACCGUCACUGACCCCUGCAGCAUGCCGGAUGUCGUCAGGUGUGGACAGACAGCUGAUGAGUUCCUUAACGUUGAUCUCAGCGACGGAAGUUACCUUCAGCACGGGAAGAGGUUUUAUGUGUGCAUCCACGCUGACGAAAAGUACACUCAAUUUGAGAAGUGGCCGUUCCCGCUGGCUGAAGUGAACGCCUGCAGUGACGGCAUCACAGUCGACCUCACGCCACCUACAGCGGGGACAGUACGCAUCGGAGGUCUUACUGGGAUGUAUCAGGUGAGUACCACGGAAGUUGAGGUGAGGUGGACAGGCUUCACGGAUGUGGAGGAACAGAAGUCAGCUUCACACUGGAGUGGAAUCGCAUCUUAUCAAGUUGCCAUAGGAUCUGUUGCCGGUGGCGAAGAUGUAGUCAAGUUCACCGAUGUCGGUUCUGUGGAGCACGUAACCUUACACAGUCUAAACCUUCAGGCUGGGCGAACGUACUAUGCGUCUGUCAAGGCCAUAGAUUUUGUGAGCAAAACAACAAUGGCGGUGUCAAACGGGUUCCUUGUCGACUCCACAGCUCCAUCACUAACAGGCCGGCACAUACAACUAGAACACAGAUACAUAGCAUCUCGUUUCCUUCAUGUUUGUUGGACUAAUGUAUUCUCUGAUCUGGAGAGUGGACUGUCGGCAUUCAUGGUUGCCCUGGGCACCAGACCAGGCUACGAUGAUUUGGUAGAUUACAGCUUUACGAAGGAGGAAUGUAUCGAUAUGGACACCAAUGGACGCACAGUGGAUGGGCACUCUUACUAUAUCUCAUUGAAGGGAUACAACGGUGCAGGCUUGUACACACUCUCCUCUUCGCGCCCUCUGAUUGCGGACACCAUGCCUCCAUCUGCUGGUCAUGUCUAUGACGGAAUACAGUCAACUGCCACGCCUAACGACAAAGACAAGGAUUAUAUCACCAGUGUCUCUGAGAUGGAGGCCUACUGGGAAGGUUUUGCCGACCCUCACUCCCCGAUUGCUGUGUUCAAGGUGAAGGUCGGGACUUGUGCAGGAUGCGACAAUACCUUAGAGGAAAUAGAAUACGGCUUGACUCCCAACAUCAGCCUUCAGCACAUCCUGAUGUCCCCUGGAAGGAAGUACUUUACCACCGUGACGGCCUGCAACACAGCAGGUGUCUGCAGCAGCCCCUCCUCCUCCGACGGCGUCAUCCUGGACAGCUCCCCGCCAGUCACGGGUACCGUGCAGGACGGCACCGGGGACGUGGACAUACAGUUCCAAGCGGCCAGGACAUUUAUCGGGUGCAAGUGGCGAGGCUUCUACGACCCUGAAUCUGGAUUGGACCAUUAUGAAUGGCGUGUUGGAACAACAUCAGGAGGUGACGAGAUUCUGACAGCCAGGAAUGCAGCUCUCGAGGAAGUCAUCUUCCACACCCUGUCACCUGACCAGCAGCUUCCGGUUGGGCAGACGAUCUACGCUACUGUCAGGGCCUACAACAAAGCAGGUCUAUACACUGAGUCCACGUCCAACGGUCUCGUUGUUGACGACAGCGCACCGACUGUGGUGAUAUCACCAACGUUAUCACCGUCUAUAGCGUCAGCUGUUACCCGAUCCUCUAUCAGCCGAACAACUCUAAGCGCACUAUGGAAGUUCGAGGACUCACAGUCUUCUGUGGAAAGACAGUAUCUUUCUCUGUCUUCGCAUCAACUCGGGGAGUUCAAACGCUCAACUAUUGAGAUCCCAAGUUUUCUUACUGAGUACACCUACACCGGCCUUGAACUUCACGAUGGAAGUAGAUACAAGGUGAAGGUGAUUGCUUGCAAUAUGGCGGGUCUGUGCACAAAGGCUGAAACUGAAGACAUUCUGGUUGACAACUCAAAGCCUCAAACAGGUACAUUUGCUAUAGAAACCGAUCACGCCGCUAAGUUGUCCCGGCACCAGCGUGGCGGGAUGACGUGGACACAGACCAGUCUAAGUCUGAACUGGCUGGGCUUCUCCGAUCUACAUUCCGGAAUAGACAAUUACAUUGUUUCAGUCGGAUCCAAACAGUUCGGCACAGAUUACAAUAAGGGCGGAUCUCCUGCUGAAGUCUCCCACGAUGCAUCCGGAGUUGACAAGGGCGACGAGGGUGUCAUCCAGACAUUCACCGUACCCACAGAGACUCUGCCACCAGAAGGGAGCGUGUUUGUCGCAAUCUGGGCUGUGAACAGGGUAGGACUUCAGAGCGACGCCUACCAUGCUGAACUGGAGCUGUCAGGGGACCGGAUUCUGUGGCUGGUGAGGAGAUGCCAGGCCUACAACUGCGAGGGGCAUUGUGUGUGUGCUGUACAAGGAGGAUCGUGUGGUGAACCCAAAGGCUGCACACAGCUGAAUAACGGAGGAGGGAACAGUGUUCUUACUGUCGUCGAUGUCGUUGACCUUAGAUUAAGACCUGCCGCGGGCUUCUCUCCCGUCAACACACUUAUGGCUGCCACGUGGUCUGUGACAACAUCCAGGGUUUGCCCAUCACACGGUAUGAGUACAGCAUUGGAGAGAGCGGCCGUCCCUCACCACAAGGUGUUUUCAGUGUGGCCACAGAGAGAGUGUGGUAUGAUGCAGGACAGCAAACAUCUGCAAUUCUUCCACUGCCACAAGGCAGGGUGUUGACUUCUGGGGGAAGGUAUUCCUUCUUCGUGAGGGCCUGGUAUGAUGCCAACACCUACAGCAUCUUCACCUCCGACGGCGUCCUUGUCGACACCACCCCUCCUGCAGUGACAGACAAGCUCGGCCUCACUGUUAAAGAAGUCGAGGGUCCCGGCAAAACGAAA